AUGAAUAAGCGGAAUGUGCCCAAUGUGGGCUCUGCAAGCCCUCGUGGCUCGUUCGACGUGAAACGUGGCGGCCUACCUCUGUAUAACGGUCUGCAGAAGGAACAGUCAAUUUUCCAGCGUGGCAACGCACAAUUGGAGCUGAUACUGGAGAUGGGGCAUCAGUCGCUGGACGAUCUUGUGGAGCAGAAUCAAAUACUGCAGAAAAUGCAGGACCGCAUGUCCAGCAGUUUAAGGACUCUUGGAGUUUCGGAGGAAACCAUCCAGAAAAUAAACAGGCGAGCCUUCAAAGAUAAGCUUAUCUUCUGGUUCGCCCUUGUAUUGCUGCUCGGUGGGUUUUACUUGGUAUUGAAGUGGUUUCGCUAA